AUGGAUCGCCGGCGCGCCGAAGACCAAACCCGCCGCCCCAAGGCGCCCCCAAAAGGCCCCGGCCGAUGCGAAACCGUUCAACUCCAGCGGGACUCUGUCGAGUCCACUCUACAUCACUAUGACGCCUGUUUCCGCGUCAAGGAGCUUGCGUCAUCAACGCGAUCCUGGUGCCACGAAGUUCCACUUGCCCUUCAGGUUGAGGCCUCCAAGUCUUUCUACCAAGCGUUUACGGAUGAGAGGACGUUGCCGGUCUCCCACUGCGUCUUCUGCUACAGGAAGACAUCGCCUUGCGAACUCACCACCAUGCAGUGGAGGGGUCGUCUGUCACCCUUGCUGCUACAGACGGCCAUGGCUCUCCAGGAGUGUGAUGCGUGCCUUCCGUCGCACGAGGGCGCCGGAGUUGACGUGUGCCGCGAGUGUCGCGCCAGCUUCGACAGUGGGCGGCUGCCUAAGGCCUGCUCGGUCAACAACAUGGCCAUCGGUUGUGAGCACCGGUACCCCGAAGAGCUUGAUGACCUCUCUCCCGUCGAAGAGAGACUCAUUGCCCUGCAUGCACCUUUUGGCUAUAUCACUAAGUUCACCGUCGACAACAAGACCCGUUCGGGAAUCAGUUACCGCAAGCACGUGAAAGGACAUAUUGUCGUCUUUCCGAACAAAGUGGACGAUCUCGUGGCCACGGUUCUUCCUCAUCCCUUGCUGCAGGCCAUCGAGAACAUUCACGUCUCUUGGAGCGGUUCGGCUAAGCCUGGCUCCGCAGACGUCAGAAACCUGCUUCAGGUGCGCAAAUCUCGAGUGGCAGCUGCCUUGGCAUGGCUACAAAGGAACAACCCGCUUUAUGAGGGUAUCGCAAUCAACCAAGCAGAGAUGGAUGGCUGGCGGUAUGCCGACGGCUCCACUGUUCCGACCGUCAUCAUGGACCGCAUGCAGAGAGAGGAACCGUCGACUGUUGAGAAGACACAAACGGACCACAUAGUCCCGGACACCGAUCGAGGCUUGCAGGAAAACAGCUUUAGAAGCAUCGAUGAACUGGUGAACUCGAUCGAUCCUACUUUCAUCGCCGAAUCUUGCGAUUUGAACUGUACUCUGUCGACCGAGCAGACUCAACCCUCCUGGUGA